CGUGACUCCCUCUCGGCCGCGUCGGCUAAGAGGGCGUUCGAGAGAGCACUGCGGGCCUCCUGGGCCCUCCCCGUGCCCGACCCCGUCCCCGUCCUCGUCCCCGCCCCGGGGGCGGCCCCGCCGCCUGGGAAGGGAUGCGGAUAAGCGGCGUCCCGGUCCUCCCCUCUGGAAAGCCGGGCCCAGGACGCGGCGCGGCCGGAACGUCCGGGUGAGCGUUCGGCGCGGGGCCCCGGGUCCGGCCUGAAGUGGGGCCCUCAGGGCUUCCCUCUCCUCCCCUCCCGUCCCCGGGGGUCUCCCCUUCCGGUGUCAGGCGGCCCCGCCGGGUCCCCUGAAAAGGACGCACGACGUGAGCCCCGAGUUUCCGCGUGAUUCGGGGACAGCCCCUCAUCCAGCUCCGGGGAGCCGCUCCGAGGAGGGGGGCCUCGUGGAGGGUCGCUGCCUGUCACGGGGACAGAGGCCCUGCACCCGCUAACCCUGAUCCUGCCCCAUCCAAGCGGCUCGCUCUGGAGUUCCUGCCCGGAGCUCCCAUACCAGCUGAAAAUGCGUAUCUCAAACGCGAGCCCGACUUAGCAGGAAUCUUUGGACUGCCUUGCCCUGUCCCUAGAAUUGGAUCAUGAAGGUACUGGGGAAGAGCCACCUCUGGGUCUGGCUCCCGUUCCUUCACCUGCUGGCCAGCGGCGCGGAGCACGAAGAGGCCGUGAGACCCGCCAUCGCGUGGCACCGGGGCCAAGGCGCGGCCGUCACCCAGAGGAGGCAGUGGGUCCUGGACGGUUGCAGAAAGCUCUCCGGGCUUCUUCGCCAAAAGGCUGUGGUUCUUAACAAACUGAAAAGUGCAGUCAGAGCAGUGGAAAAAGACGCCAGCCUUUCGGACGAGGAGAAGCUGUUUCAGGUGCACAUGUUUGAAAUUUUCCAGAAAGAGCUGAAUGAAAGUGAAAACUCCGUCUUCCAGGCCAUCCACGGACUCCAGAGGGCCCUGCAGGGCGACUACAGGGAUGUGGUCAACGUGAAGGAGAGCAGCAGGCAGCGCCUGGAGGCCCUGCGGAAGGCAGCCAUCAAGGAAGAGGCAGAAUAUGUGGAACUUCUGGCAGCAGAAAAACAUCAAGUUGAAGCUCUUAAAAACAUGCAGCAUCGGAACAAAAGUUUAUCCCUCCUGGAUGAAAUUCUUGAGGACGUGAGGAAGGCGGCAGACCGUCUGGAGAAGGAGACAGAGGAGCGCGCUUUCGAUGACAAUAAGUCAGUCAGAGGGGUGAACUUUGAGGCAGUUCUGCGGGUGGAAGAGGAAGAGGCCAGCUCCAAGCAGAACCUCACGAAGCGGGAGGUGGAGGAGGACCUGGGCCUGAGCAUGCUCAUCGACUCCCAGAACAACCAGUACAUCCUGACCAAGCCCAGGGACGCCACCAUCCCGCGGGCAGACCCCCACCUCAUAAAGGACAUCGUCACCAUAGGGAUGUUGUCCUUACCAUGCGGCUGGCUCUGCACAAUGAUAGGACUGCCGACCAUGUUUGGUUACAUCAUCUGCGGCGUGCUCCUGGGGCCCUCCGGACUCAACAGUAUUAAGUCAGUUGUGCAGGUGGAGACGUUAGGAGAAUUUGGCGUGUUCUUUACUCUCUUCCUCGUUGGCUUAGAAUUUUCCCCAGAGAAGCUGAGAAAGGUGUGGAAGAUCUCCCUGCAGGGGCCCUGCUACAUGACUCUGCUCAUGGUGGCCUUCGGCCUGGUCUGGGGCCACCUUCUACAGAUCAGACCCACCCAGAGCGUCUUUAUCUCCACCUGCCUGUCCUUGUCGAGCACACCCCUGGUGUCCAAGUUCCUUGUGGGCAGCACCCGCAGUGACAGGGAAGCAGGCGACAUCGACUACGGCGCGGUGCUGCUGGGGAUGCUGGUGACGCAGGACGUGCAGCUGGGACUGUUCAUCGCCGUCCUGCCCACGCUCAUCCAGGCGGGAGCCGGCGCACACGCCAGCGUCGCCAUGGAGAUCCUGCGGGUCCUGGGCCUGGUCGGGCAGGUCCUCUUCUCGCUUGCUGCGGUUCUCCUCUUCUGUCUCGUUGUGAGGACCUACCUCGUGGGACCGUACUGCCGGAAGCUGCACGCGGAGAGCAAGGGGAACAAGGAGAUCCUCAUCCUGGGAAUCUCCGCUUUCAUCUUCCUCAUGCUGACGGUCACUGAGCUCCUGGACGUGUCCAUGGAGCUGGGCUGCUUCCUGGCCGGAGCCCUGGUGUCCUCCCAGGGUCACGUGGUCGCUGAGGAGGUCGUGUCCUACGUGGAGCCCGUCCGCGACUUCCUGGCCAUCGUGUUCUUCGCGUCCAUAGGCCUUCACGUGUUCCCCACCUUCGUGCUGUACGAGCUCACCGUCCUGCUGGUCCUCACGCUGUCCGUGGUGGUCAUGAAGUUCGUCCUGGCAGCCCUGGUCCUGUCUCUGCUGCUGCCCAAGACCAGCCAGUACGUCAAGUGGAUCGUGGCCGCGGGGCUGGCCCAGGUCAGCGAGUUCUCUCUGGUCCUGGGGAGCCGGGCGCGCAGAGCGCGUGUCAUCUCUCGGGAGGUGUACCUCCUCAUCCUGAGUGUGACCACGCUCAGCCUCCUCCUGGCCCCGCUGCUUUGGCGAGCGGCCGUCGCCAGGUGUGCGCCCCGGCCCGAGAGAAGGUCCAGCCUCUGAGGACCGCGGCCAGGCGACCGGCCGGAGCUGUCACCGCCUUCCCGGACCUCAGAGUCUCCCGGAGCCCGCCUCUGCGUGCAGUGAUUAUGCGCCGUCUACACGUAACUCUGCGUUUUACAAAUCGCCUUGACUCUUUUGCCUGGAUGU